CAUCAACAGCUUCUAACCCUCUUUUCUUUCAAUAUCCUCUGACUUCUCUCCCACGCACCUGCCGUGUGUCUGCAAGCUUUGGUCCUUCAAUGGAAGGGAAGAGAAGAAUCGAAGUGACCGGCUCAGGCAAAUGGUAUACCUUGGCUUGGGAUGAGAUCACAAGUACCUGGGCUCAUGUUGAACGAAGAAGCGCACAAGGUGAUAAAUGGAAGGAAGUGGAUCCUGAUUUGAAGCAGCUGGGCCGAGCUCUGGCAGAUCAGUUUCCGGAUCCACCCGAAGACACUGUUAAAACUUUUAUCAAUGGAUAUGGACAUGUGUUGGACUUCGUGCCGGUGAGCCACUUUCUUCUUCAUCUUUCGUGUUGACAUUUUGUUUGAUGAUGCGCUUGCUGAAUCAGACAAAAUCGCCGAUCGAACCGGAGCCAUGGUGCUUGGGGUGGGCACCUCCAGGCACCCGCAGUAGGCCAAGGAUGACUAAGAAAAAUUUGGAAGCAGAACGCACAAGGCCUAAUAAGAUGGGGGUGCCGGCCUACGCUAAGAAAUACUAUGUACAUACCAAGCGCACCAACUUUUUCACCCACCUUCCCAACAGCAGUUUCACCACCCUAGCUCAGAGCCGUGUCUUAUGUAAGGCUGGAGAGACUUGGGCCUCAAGGCUGGAGAGACUUUGCCCUGGGCUUCAGCCCACCAUAGCCCUAACAUAGAUCCUCCCUUGAGGAAGUGGAUCCUGAUUUGAAGCAGCUGGGCCGAGCUCUGGCAAAUCAGUUUCCGGAUCCACCCGAAGACACAGUUAAAACUUUUAUCGUAAUCACCAUUUAUCUUCAUCUUCCUCAAAUUGAUUGGAUUUAGUUGCUCUGUAUUACUGUAUUUAUUUGUAUCCUGAUGAAUUCAUAUUGCAAAAUGGAUAUGGACAUGUGUUGGACUUCGUGCCGGCAAAAUCGCCGAUCGAACCGGAGCCAUGGUGCUUGGGGUGGGCACCUCCAGGCACCCGCAGUAGGCCAAGGAUGACUAAGAAAAAUUUGGAAGCAGAACGCACAAGGCCUAAUAAGAUGGGGGUGCCGGCCUACGCUAAGAAAUACUAUGUACAUACCAAGCGCACCAACUUUUUCACCCACCUUCCCAACAACAGUUUCACCACCCUAGCUCAGAGCCGUGUCUUAUGUAAGGCUGGAGAGACUUGGGCCUCAAGGCUGGAGAGACUUUGCCCUGGGCUUCAGCCCACCAUAGCCCUAACAUAGAUCCUCCCCUGAGGAAGUGGAUCCUGAUUUGAAGCAGCUGGGCCGAGCUCUGGCAAAUCAGUUUCCGGAUCCACCCGAAGACACAGUUAAAACUUUUAUCGUAAUCACCAUUUAUCUUCAUCUUCCUCAAAUUGAUUGGAUUUAGUUGCUCUGUAUUACUGUAUUUAUUUGUAUCCUGAUGAAUUCAUAUUGCAAAAUGGAUAUGGACAUGUGUUGGACUUCGUGCCGGCAAAAUCGCCGAUCGAAUCGGAGCCAUGGUGCUUGGGGUGGGCACCUCCAGGCACCCGCAGUAGGCCAAGGAUGACUAAGAAAAAUUUGGAAGCAGAACGCACAAGGCCUAAUAAGAUGGGGGUGCCGGCCUACGCUAAGAAAUACUAUGUACAUACCAAGCGCACCAACUUUUUCACCCACCUUCCCAACAGCAGUUUCACCACCCUAGCUCAGAGCCGUGUCUUAUGUAAGGCUGGAGAGACUUGGGCCUCAAGGCUGGAGAGACUUUGCCCUGGGCUUCAGCCCACCAUAGCCCUAACAUAGAUCCUCCCCUGAGGAAGUGGAUCCUGAUUUGAAGCAGCUGGGCCGAGCUCUGGCAAAUCAGUUUCCGGAUCCACCCGAAGACACAGUUAAAACUUUUAUCGUAAUCACCAUUUAUCUUCAUCUUCCUCAAAUUGAUUGGAUUUAGUUGCUCUGUAUUACUGUAUUUAUUUGUAUCCUGAUGAAUUCAUAUUGCAAAAUGGAUAUGGACAUGUGUUGGACUUCGUGCCGGCAAAAUCGCCGAUCGAACCUAGCCAUGGUGCUUGGGGUGGGCACCUCCAGGCACCCGCAGUAGGCCAAGGAUGACUAAGAAAAAUUUGGAAGCAGAACGCACAAGGCCUAAUAAGAUGGGGGUGUCGGCCUACGCUAAGAAAUACUAUGUACAUACCAAGCGCACCAACUUUUUCACCCACCUUCCCAACAGCAGUUUCACCACCCUAGCUCAGAGCCGUGUCUUAUGUAAGGCUGGAGAGACUUGGGCCUCAAGGCUGGAGAGACUUUGCCCUGGGCUUCAACCCACCAUAGCCCUAACAUAGAUCCUCCCCUGAGGAAGUGGAUCCUGAUUUGAAGCAGCUGGGCCGAGCUCUGGCAAAUCAGUUUCCGGAUCCACCCGAAGACACAGUUAAAACUUUUAUCGUAAUCACCAUUUAUCUUCAUCUUCCUCAAAUUGAUUGGAUUUAGUUGCUCUGUAUUACUGUAUUUAUUUGUAUCCUGAUGAAUUCAUAUUGCAAAAUGGAUAUGGACAUGUGUUGGACUUCGUGCCGGUGAGCCACUUUCUUAAUCACCUGCCAAUUUCUUCUUCUUCUUCUAUCUUUCGUGUUGACAUUUUGUUUGAUGAUGCGCUUGCUGAAUCAGGCAAAAUCGCCGAUCGAACCGGAGCCAUGGUGCUUGGGGUGGGCACCUCCAGGCACCCGCAGUAGGCCAAGGAUGACUAAGAAAAAUUUGGAAGCAGAACGCACAAGGCCUAAUAAGAUGGGGGUGCCUGAUCCUGCGGCCUACGCUAAGAAAUACUAUGUACAUACCAAGCGCACCAACUUUUUCACCCACCUUCCCAACAGCAGUUUCACCACCCUAGCUCAGGCUGGAGAGGCUUGGGCCUCAAGGCCCCAAAAAAUUGUAAAAAUUAGGGGCCCAAAAUUUAUAUAUAUUAGUAUUAUACAUAUGUAUUUUCUAGUUAUUUUUAUUUCCCCAUUGGGCAGUAGAAACAAAAACUAAUUCCACUUCUAUUUCUAGGCUUCUAGGCUCCAAGUUCUAUAGUUAAUUCUAUUGGUCUAUGUUUUUUAUUUGCUUAUCUAGUUAUUUGUUUCUAUUUUUAGAAAUUUUCUAACUUUAUAUUGAUUUGCUAA